CAUGUAAUUAAUAUAUAUAUAUAUAUUUAUAUUAUAGAAUUAAGUAAGAAUUAUAGAAAAGAAUCAAAAAAGUGAAUCAUAUCAACUUUAAGAAUAUUUAAAUGCUGUCAAUCAUAGAAUCUAAUGGAAUUCACUUCCUAAAGUAUUCAAUUAUCAAAGAUGUUAAACUCCAGACAUUCUAAAAGAUGCAAGAGAUAGAAUUAAAAAGUUUUGA